UAAGUCACCGCCGCGAUUUUUUAAAUUACAAAUCAAAUCUUUAAAAAUAAAUCUAUUUUUAGGUGUUCAAUACGCAAAAUCCGUAAUACAUGUAUUGCGUAAUAUGCGUGAUUAUUCAGCUUUUACACAUUGGAGAAGCAAACAAAUCUAGGUGAUACAUUUUCGGAUAAGAAUGUUUCCAAAAUGGUGUGGUGUGAAAAAAAGAUUCCGUGUUAUGUUUCUUAUAGUAAUAGCAUCAGGAUCUUCGUUUUUCAUUGGUUUAUGGAUGUCUAAUCCAUUGAAGAAAGAAUUAGCUUGGAGCGGAGACACUUCAAACCGCAAGACUUUGUUGUUUAUGUCACAUCAUGCAAACAGCAACCAAGGAAGUAUGCGGACAACAACCAAAAGAUCAUUUGAGGAUAUGGCACGGAAUCAAAUGAACAUGAAAAGAAACAAGAUUCAAAAAUACCAAGGCGAUGAAAAUGAUGUAUCAGAAGAACACAUACCGCCAAACAAACCAAAUAAUAAAACGUUAUUGUUUGCAAAAGUAUUUCCAUUGUUUCAGUCAGCAACUCCAGAAGAGUUCCCUACAUCAGACGGUAGAGUCCUUAGAAUUCCUCAUAUUUUACAUCAAAUUUACGAAGAUGAAAUGAUUCCUGAUGUUUAUAUUGAACAUAUCAAAUCAUUUAUCGAAUACAAUCCCACAUGGGAAUAUCGAUUUUGGACGGACGCCUCGGGACGCCAGUUUCUUCAAAAACACAACCCAUACCUUGUGAAAGCAUUUAACACUCUCGGGAAUGGUGUAAAACGUUCAGAUUUGCUCCGUUAUGCCGUGUUGUACGAGUACGGUGGAUUUUAUGCAGAUUUUGACAUGCAUAAUUUCCGAUCUCUCAACAGAACAACAAUGAAAUAUGCGUGUAUUUUUCCUGUUGAACCAUUUGAACACAGUUCUUUCUUAUACCACAGAGAAUUCGUGAUAAACAAUGCCUUCAUGGGUUGCCGCCCAAAACACCCGUUUAUUAAACUGCUUUUGUUAGGACUGCGUAAUGCAAGUCCGAAGGGAAAUCCAGUCAUGGUGACAGGUCCUAUUUAUGUCACCGAAAAGUUUAUUCAGUACAAUCAUAUAACAAAUGAAUCGGUUAAUGGAAACAAAACGGAUUGGAGCAGUAAUUCUCCAUAUUUCUAUAAAGGAGAAAUGAAAGAAAAUGACAAAAAAUCCGUUUACGUACCAAAUUCACAAUAUUUUAUGGAUAAGAUAGAUCCUAUAUAUACAACUAAGACUGGAGUUCUUACACGCCUUUGUGGAGGAGUACAGACACUAUCAUACCUUCGACAACGGGGUUGUAUUGAAUACAAAAGUAGAAGGAAUGUUCGAAAACACAGGAAAUAUACAUUUACGACUCACCAUUGGUACCACAUAUGGCUUAAGAAUAGAACUUUUGUUGAACAAAUGAAGAAAGUUAAUAUCAAAUAUAUAGUUCCGCAAUGUGUACUAUAUUCUGAGGAUAAAUAAUUACAUUUGUGAUUUCUAUGAUACUAGUGAAUUGAUAGAAAUUCAAUUAAAUUUACUUAUUACUCUGAGUCCAUCAUUAUUUGCUUGAUUCCAAGCACAAAAGUACAAUUAAGGAUACCUUGCGAGUUUUAAAUGUUUUCCUUCCGCGCAUUUUUAUAACAUGUCUUAUGUUGUUUAUUUUUUAAUAUUUUUUCUCUGCUCGAACGAGUAAAUACUUAUAGAUAUAAAGUCAAAGUCAAGUCAAAGUUAAGUGAAAAAAACAUUUUUUCUCUCAUUCCAUGUACAAACAUGACAUAAUGGAGUAAUAAACAUGAAUAAAGAAUAAUGAGUAUAAAGUAUAAAGAUGCAUACUACUGAUCGAUCUGAGAACAUGUUAAUAACACAUUAUAAUAAAAAUCAAUUUGUUUAACAUUAUUAACAGUUAGUUGAGGUAAUUAUUUAUACUCCAGUCAUCGACAAAUAAGGUUUUUCUUAUACAUGUAUUUGUAUAUCAAUGACUAAUUACUACAUUAUGCGACAUUGAAUUAUAAUAGCUAUGGCCUUAUUAUUAAUUUUUUAUUAAUAGGUUAAAAUAGGAAUAUUGCUAUUGAUAUAGAAAACAGGAAUGAAAUUGUAUGGUUUAAAUGCCUAUGUGAUAUAAUAUUGAUCUUACCAAUUUAAU